AAUACAUUGAAGUCUUUACAUUUUUUUACUUUUCUUAAUCAGGGUGCCAAAUCAAAUUGAGAAAGAAAUUUUUGUACGAAUUGAGUAAUACACAGAAAUUCAAAAUACACAAAUAAAGGAUGGAAGUGUUGUAGUCCGUAAUGAAAAGGGGCGAAAGGAAUAAAAUGGGGUGCAAGGCAAAUUUGGGUGGAGAGAGAGAGUAUAAUAAUUACUACAAACCUGCAGCUGACUAUUACGAAGAGGCGGCGGCCGCUUAUGAUAAUUAUUAUGAUGACCAAAAUGUGUACUCUUCGGCCGUGGACUGCACCCUGUCCCUCGGAACGCCUUCGACGCGUCUGGGCGGUAAUGGGAAUGAAAGGCCACCACCGGACGCUGCUGCGGAAUCCCGGCGAGUAAAGCCGUCUGGCGGCCGUGGCGGGGCUUCCGGCAGCUCUGAUCCUCUCGCCACACGCCGCUGUGCUAACUGUGACACAACUUCCACUCCCUUAUGGAGGAAUGGACCCAGAGGCCCUAAGUCGCUUUGCAAUGCGUGUGGAAUUCGGUUCAAGAAAGAGGAGAAGAGAGCAGCAGCCGCAGCGGAGGCGGCUAACAAUGGCGGAAGGGAGAGCAUGAUGAUGAGGGAGUCGUGGCCGGGGGCGGCACACCACAGUCAAAUGCCGUACGAUAACUACGCUUCACCUGCAGCAUACGCUUUGGAAACAGAUACCCCUGGAUUUCAAUCACAGUCGGGGGAGGAGGAGGAUAACACGAGUUCAGACCCUGUGUUUGAGGCAGACUCUGGUCUACAUAUUGAUGCUUUAGGGAACACUCCUCCAAACCCAAUAUAUAAUUCCACUUUGGCUUUGAUUGAUGAGGUCAUCAAGGAUGAUGCACAACCUCAUAUUCUCCACAAAGAAGAUAGGGGUAAGCAGAUAGUUCCUAUCCAAGGUCUAGAAGACAACCAGCAUCCCUAUACAAUCCUCUAUCCUCCGUUGCCUAGAUCCAGACUUUCUCCGUUUGCUAAUGAAUUCAUUCCCACUAUGCCCAAUUCCUUUGCUGCACUAUUUAAUCAAGGAGAUGCCACUGAAACAUUAGAACCACUUACAUCAGAAGACCCAUUGGCAAAUCUAGAUGGAAGGAAUAUGGCACUCUCCAACAAUGCCAUUGAGGAUAUGCCACAUGAAAGAGAUGAGCCUAUACUUUACACACACUCGGAUGGAGAGGACAGAGCCUUUAUUGAUUAUAAACUUAAACCCCUCCAAAUCGACAUAUCUAGGUGCUCUAAGACACCAUUAUUUCUGGGAAGGGUGUUUAAAGGUCGGAAAACCUUCUCUCCUUCUCAAGUGGUCACCAGAAGCAAAGCGAGGCUUCUUACUGAAGGAAGAAAAAAGAAUCCUGUGGGCUUUUUAGAGGAAACUGAUGACACAGAAAAUUCCUUCACAAAUGAUAUUAUUCAAGCCUUCAAACAAUGUUGUCCGGUUAAGAAGGAGGCUGCUUCUAAAAUUCCAAAACAGCCCCUUACCCGAAGCCAGAAAAAAAAAGCCAAAAAGAAGGUAAAACUUGCAAAGGACAUUAUGCAGGCCUUUCCAGAAUUAUCAGGAUGCUCUCUUGAUCUGCCAGAUUUCUGCUCGUGCUGCAAGCAAUUUGGUCACACAAACUGCAAAGAAGGGAUUCGAUCAUCUAGAUGGACUCGUAGAGAUGCCACAAAAACCAAUGUGAAUGCCCAAGGUAUUAGCCAAACUAGGGCUUCUAAACCCCUGCAACAAGACACCAAAUUUGAACAACAGCUUACAACAGAUCCCAAGGAAGCUUUUAGCGAUGUUGAUAUGGUGAUAAAUCUGGAUACACAUCAAGCAACCGACCCCAGGGUGGCACUUCCAAUAGUCACUCCUGCACAACUAGACAUUUCCACUUCUCCUCAUGUUACUGGUCUCAGGCAGUACCCAUCGGAUUUUGUGGAUGGCUUAAAACAGACUAAGGAAGCAGAUUUGGAACAUACACAAGAACAAUCAAUUGAGGAAAGCAUGGAUGCUAUGGCUGCCCAGGUUCACCCCUCUCCCUCUAUGGUUUUGGCAUCACUUCCUGCUGUUUUAGGGGUUCAUUCAAGCCCCCUUAUUUCUCCAUGCCAUACCUCCAUUGAACGUUGGUUAUGGGGCAAAUCAUCCCAAUGCAUUGAUUUCUUCCUGCCCGCCACUGUUCGACAAUAUGCCCCAAUGAGCUCCCCAAUUGCACACUCUGAUUUCAUGCAAGUAAAGGUUCCUAUCCAAGCCUUUACUCAGUUUGAUAUGAACAAUGUGCCUGGGCUUAAAUUAGAAGGCGCCGUUGAUGACUCUCAUGUGUUGGUGCAUGUCCCUCUCUCCUCAUUUGCGCAAUUUCAACGUGAAGAGGUCCCUGGUGCUGUUCCUGUGGCACUUACACGAACAGGUGCUCCUAUGAGUCUAUGACUAAUGAGGCGGCUGCACGGACUUAAAUGAAGAGAGAACAAAGACAAAGAGGGUGAGGGCAUAACUCGUUAGAGCGUUUCCCGGUGUAAUUACUAAUAAGAGAAAAUUGCAUCGUUUACACCGAAUUAUUUGAAAAUUGCACGGUUUACCCCAAACAUUAAAAAGUACACCAAAUACCCCUGAAUUCUUCAAAAAUUGCAUGGUUUAUCCCUAAAUAAUAAAAAUUGCACCAAAUACCCCUGAACUCUUCGAAAAUUGUACUAUUUACUCCUGAACAUUUAAAUAAAGACGACACUUUUGG